CACAGCACGAGCACGUUAAACUAACUAUCGCCUCUAUAUUUUACUGUCACCGUGUCUUACGUACUACAGAAAAGUAAUUUAGGAAGCUGUUUAUCUUGGCAUUAAAAAUGUUCAAACUAGCGGAAGUAUAACGGUGUUUAUCUGCAGCUGAUACACAACAUAUUUUCGACAUGUGUAAAGCACAGCUGAGCGGUGUGUCGGAGCUCAUGGAGCUUCUUCACAUCGACCUGGAGGCUGAUGGAGACCCGACAACCAGGAGAGACGACGCAGCUUGUUCUAAGAAUGUCCUGAGGAAACAGAGGAACUGGCAGAGACAGCUGGCAGCCAAGAAGAGCAAACGGAAGGAAGAGAGACAGAGGAGGAGAUUCAAUCGGGCGCAGGAAUCAGGUCCUCACACAGAGCAUCAGUUUACCAAGCGAGUCCUGAAGGCSAUCACCAGAGAGCGUUUAGCCGAGGCUCAGACCACCGGGCUCAGACUGUGUGUGGACCUCAGCAUGACGGACUGCAUGUCUGACAAGGAGAUAAGUCGACUGGCGGGUCAGUUACGGCGUCUGUACGGGUCGAACAGGAGGGCAGCGAGACCGUUUCACCUGAUCCUGACCGAGCUGAGGGAGGACAGUCAGCUCUACAGGGAGUGUGUUCGCAUGAAUGACGGCUUCAUCAAAUACUCAAUGGAAAUGACAGAACAGAAUUGCUUAGACCGGUUCCCUCCAGAAACUGUUGUCUACCUCACUCCUGAUGCUGAAGAAGCCUUGGAGACAGUGGAUGCAGACAAGGUGUACGUCCUCGGUGGUCUUGUCGAUGAAAGCAUCCAGAAGAAGCUGAGCCUGUCCAGAGCCAGAGAGCUGCGCGUCCACACAGCGAGGCUCCCCAUCGACGAGCACAUGGUGAAGAAAACCAACGCCAAGAACUUCCACUCCAAGAUUCUGGCAGUGAACCAAGUCUUUGACAUCUUGUUAACGUUCUCUGAGACGGGCAGCUGGACGCAGGCUCUGCAGGCCUGCUUUCCUGCGGGGAAAGGUUACGUAAUCUCACCAGAUGGUUCAACGCCGCUUCCUGCUGCAGCGCAGACUCAGGACGACGAUGAGGAAUGUCCUUAAAGACUUGUUAACCUCGCAGUAUCUGUGCAAUAUGUGCCGAAUGUUUCACUUUAUGGUUUGAUUUGUUUUUCAGUCAUUCAUUUUCCACAUUCUGUCAUUGUGUGAAUGCUUAUCUUCUAUUCAGUUUAUAGCACAGAUCUCAUUCUGCAGUGUUUAUGUUAUUUAAAUAAUUUAUGUGUGGCAGGAUGAAUUGCACCUGCUGGCAGGGUAAUUGUGGUGUUGUGGCAGCCAAUGACACUAGAGGGUGCUCCCUAUAAAAAGCACAGGUAAASUGCAGGUUUAGAUUAGUUUGGUUGGCUGAGACACGUCACCGUGUGGUCCAGUGUUGUGCCUGCUGGGUGCCAAGUGCAGAUAACUGUCGGCAUGUUUGCCCUCACCACUGAUUGUGGGUGUAGUGGCUGCUGUGGCCAGAGUUUGUGCCCUUACGUGAUCUCCCCACAAGUGAGAAAGGAGAUUAGMAUGAUCGGUAUGUGGACACUAUGCGCUGAAUCUUAUUGUUAGKAAAUUGCCUUUAACCUGUUAAUGUUUAUCAGGAAUUGUGGGUGGCAGCUUUUAACUUGACCCUAUCAGCCCCGCUGCUGCUUUGCCUCAUUUUUUGAUACUCCUGUGUUCCUACAAAAUGUUUGACUGAGGUGCGGCGCUCGAGACGCCCACGCCACGGAGGAGGGGAAGCAGAGGUUGACUAUCCAACAGUCUGGUGGAAUCAAUUGUUUCUCUGCUGAUGAAAGACUACUUCUAAACCACAACUUUCCAAUUUUAUCUGUAAAUUAAUAACUGUCUUUUUGGUAUUUGUUUUCUGUUUCUAAUUUUGUUUUUAUUUUUCUUUUUGCUCAAUGCUGAGGACCGGUGACGGUAGUGUGGUUGACCUGGAUGGCGGUGUCCCUUUUUUUUGUGUGCAUGCUUGCGGUGAUCAACACAGGUGGAGGGAAAUCCAAGGAGUGAGUGUGGUUUCACGUGUGUUUGUAGUAGUUUCUUUUUGGGAGUUGCCCAUCCAGAACAGGUCUGUUGGCACCUACCGGUAAGCCUCAGUAGCUGAGCAUUAGUUGUUUGUUUUUGUUUUUUUCAUUUUUGAACAGAUAUUUUUUUAAUCAGUCUAUCACAUUUUGUGUUUAAUAAAAACAACU